CUCUUCUCAUCCACCACUGCAGCGUGUUCUGCAGAUCUACGGCUGCUGUACAUCAUCUGGACUGUCCUAUAAGACUGACUGGAUCAUAUAGGGAUGUACAGCUGCUGCACAUGUAUCAGUGGGGUUAAGUAAAAAAGUAAAACUCUCAGACUGCAGUGACGCAGUGAGCUGCUGCUGCUGCUGGACGUGGAAAUCAAAAGCGAAAGCGAUUUUUGUUAAUUUUGUUUUCUUUCACUUGUGUCUCUUCAUCUCGUGCUUACUCACCUUAAACUUUUAAGAACAGCAAGUCAGACUCCAUGAUGAUAACUGAAGUCGUUUUGUUUGGAUACUUCAUGACGUGCGUUUGUGCGGAUGGAGUUGCCGAUGUGGUGCUGUCCUGCACCCUGGUGGAAGACGGAGUCGGCCAUCAUGGAAUGGGCGCCGCCUUCACGCGGACUCCAGCUACUCUCGUCUUUAGAGAUGUUGAAGUGGCUCCUGAGGAAUCACUGGACACUCUUACUCAGUUUGUCCCACCCUCAGUCCCUGACCCAGACCUCAUUCUGUUUGAGUCCCAAGUGUCAUCGGUCGGGAUCCCCGGUGCAGAUGUGCUGCUCCAUGCGGACUGCAACGAGCAGGAGGUGAUGUGUGAAAUAAGCCGUUACGCUCCUCAAGGAUCCCAGGGAGGCUCAGAUCCAGCCUAUUUCAUGGUGUCCAUUAAUGUUGAGGGAGUUGAGUUCAGCACUGUGUUGAUCCUGCAGACCACUGUGGUGGAGAAGGAUCACACAACACUGAUGCAAAGCAAACUGGGUCUGCCUCUCAGCCAGUCGGGUUGUAUGCCGACUGAGGUGAUAUUCCUGGUGUUUUCCCAUGUUAAGUCUGUAGAUGCCCCUCUGAGAGGUGAUGUCCUCCUCAACUGUGGCUUCAAGCAGCACGAGAAACUCUCAUCCCUGGAUGUGGUCAUUGAAUGGCGGAUGCAGCACAGAGGGAAGGGGAACAAAGUGUUUGAUAUGAAGACGAGGCUGGAUGACGCUGAAGGAAACACAGUGGUGCAUGCAGAAAGGACAGGCUCCAGCAUGGAUGCCUCCAGGGUUGCCGGUGAGGGUAAUGUCUCUGUGACCCUGGACAAUGUGCAGGUUUCGGACGAGGGAUCCUACAUCUGUACCGUUACUUCAGGCCUUUUCCACGCGCAGCAAGUCAUUCAACUCCGUGUUAUUCAGCUGCCCCAAGUUUCACUAUCAGAGGAGAAGCUGGUUUUGAAGAAAGAGUCUCCUCAGACACUGAGCUGUCACUGCAGUAACUACUUCCCACUGGAUGCUCAGAUGGAGUGGUUAUCCAUGUCACCUACUGAUACAGAGCCUGCAGUCUUUCCAGAUCAGGGAUCACUGUCCAGCCAUAGGCAGCAUAGCGACAGGACGUACUCCCUGUCCUCUCACCUGGCUGUGCCCCCCACUGUCCCCCCGGGCACCAAAAUCAUCUGCAGGGUGUCACACCCAGCCCUGGACGCUCCUCUCUCUGUGAGUGUGGAGGUACAAAGUCCAGAGCAAGAUUCCUAUUUGAUUGUUCUGGGUUUCCUGAUCGUCACUGUAAUUUUCUUCUACAAUCUUAUGAGAUAAGUCGGUUGUGGAGAUUCUGAGUAAAUCCUCCUGACUUCCUUUGUGUCAUUUACACGACUCUAAGUUAUUACUGCUUACCUUACAAAACAAAAAAUCUUCAUUAGGUUCUUUCAAUGAAUGUAGCCUCCUGUUGACUGGAUAAAGACAUAUUUUGGGCAAAAAGAUAAUAAUUUAAUUUUAAUGUGUAUAUUUGUUUGAUAUAUUUGUUGUUGAGUGUUGUUUGUGGUGAUUCACUUACAUUUCCGUACUCAAUUCUUAGCACCUGCAUAAAUCCCAAUUUUCAAAUUACAAACUGUAAUUGAUUUUUUUUCAAACUAGGUAUUUGUUGCUCUCACUGAUGCUGUUUUUAAUCAGUCCUUGUGUUAUGGCUUUUUCUCUUUGUCUAUUUGUGUGAUGUUGAUAUUGUUACUGUUUUCUGUAAUUUUCUUUUCAUCAAUAAGGAUUUUGUGAAUCAGACUUUAAAAUUAUCCCUGUUGGAGUUUGUUUCUUCUUUUUUAUGGUUAUUCAGAGGCAGAGUAUGAAUAUUUCUAAAUCAAGGGCCAGUAAGGGACCACAAUUUACAGAGAGGAGCCAAUUAUAACAUCAAUGCACAAUUAAGUUAGCUCUGAAGCUUUGCGCAAAGCCACACAUCAUUUACUACAUUUUGGAAUUUGAAAAUUGUUUACGUACAUUCUAUAAAAAAAGAAAAGCUUAGAAAAUACAAAUUAUUUACAAAUUAAAUUUUUGUUAGUAUUGUCAAUAAGUGAAGUAUUGACUGGACAAGGGCACUUCUGGGGCCAGUCAGGUUUCAGCUGGGACCAGUGCCCUCCUGCCCCUGGAUAUGCCCCUGUGGUUUAUUAUUGUUGUGAUUGUUUAUUGGAUUCUCUUUUUGUUUGUCUGCAUACAAAUUUUAUAAAAUUACAUAAUUAUUAGAA